CGCUCGGAGCGUCAGUGCGCGCGAAGAUGGCGGCGGCGGUGGUGGGUCCCGGGGCGGCUCAAGCGCCGAGCUCGCUGCUGCUCGUGGUGGGCGGCGAGUGCGGGUGCUCGGGGCUGCUUGCCUAUGUUCUGGAGGAGCUCGAACGAGGCAUCCGGUCCUGGGACAUUGACCCUGGCAUUUGCAGCCUUGAUGAGCAGCUCAAGGUUUUUGUGUCCCGGCACUCCGCCACCUUCUCCAGCAUUGUGAAAGGCCAGCGGAGCCUGCACCACCGCGGAGAUACCCUGGAGACCCUGGUCCUCCUGAACCCAUCAGACAAGUCUCUGUGUGACGAGCUCCGGAAUCUUCUGCUUGACCCUGCCCCUCACAAGCUGCUGGUGCUGGCUGGGCCCUGCUUGGAAGAGACAGGGGAAUUGCUGCUCCAAACAGGGGGAUUCUCGCUCCGCCACUUCCUCCAGGUCCUAGGGGACAAAGAGAUCCGGGAUCUCCUGGCAUCUACACCCCCACCUGCAGACCUGCCCAAGCUCACCAUCACCUGCCCGACCUUCGGCGACUGGGCCCAGCUGUCACCUGAAGUGCUCGGCCUCCACAGCGCGCUCCAGCUGCGAUGGAACCCGCCUGUGCAGCUGCCGGCAUCUGAGGGCCUGCGUGAGUUCCUGGAGUAUGUGGCUGAGUCCCUGGAGCCGCCAUCUCCCUUUGACCUGCUCGAGCCGCCCGCAUCCGUGGGCUUCCUCAGGCUCGCACGGCCCUGCUGCUACAUCUUCCCCGGUGGCCUCGGUGACGCCGCCUUCUUCGCUGUCAACGGCUUUACUGUGUUGGUCAAUGGGGGCUCCAACCCCAAGUCAAGCUUUUGGAAGCUGGUACGGCACCUGGACCGGGUGGACGCGGUGCUGGUGACCCACGCGGGCGCUGACAGCCUCCCAGGCCUCAACAGUCUGCUGCGGCGCAAGCUGGCAGAGCGCGAGGAGGCAGCGGCCGAUGGGGGCUCGGGGGACGACCGGCUUCGCAGGCUCAUCUCCCCCAACCUAGGGGUCGUGUUCCUCAAUGCCCGUGUUGCCGCCUCGCGGCUAGUGAGUGGUGAGGACGAGGCGGAGCUGGCCCUCAGCCUCUUGGCCCGGCUGGGCAUCACACCCCUGACUCUGAACCGCGGUCCACUCCCGGCCGAGCCCACCGUGCUCUUUCAGAAGAUGGGCGUGGGACGGCUGGACAUGUAUGUGCUGCACCCGCCCGCGGCUGGCGCCGAGCGCACGCUGGCCUCCGUGUGCGCCCUGCUGGUGUGGCACCCUGCCGGCCCCACGGAGAAGGUGGUGCGUGUGCUCUUCCCUGGCUGCACCCCGCCCGCCCGCCUCCUGGAUGGCCUGGUCCGCCUGCAGCACUUGGGAUUCCUGCGGGAGCCCGUGGUGACCCCCCAGGACUUGCUGGGACCUCGACGAGCCGAGAGCAAGGAAAGCGUGGGCUCCCGGGACAGCUCGAGAAGAGAAGGCCGGACAACAGCACCCAGCAGGCCAGCCCAGGAGCGCCCUGGGGUGGCCCGGAAGGACCCGCCUCGGGUUGAGGCCCCCCGCAGGGCAGAGAAAGAAGUCAGGGUCUCCCGAGAGGUGAAGAAGGACCCCAAGCCAAGUGCCCCUCGGACCCAGCCCCGGGAAGUCCGCCGGGUGGCCUCUGCUUCAGUCAGCGUGAAGAAGGCAGGGGCCCCAGCAGCUCCCCGACCCCGCCGAGCACCCAAUGUCCCUCACCCAGGUGUCCCACCAGCGGCGAACGGGCCCCGCAGCCCCCCCAGCUUCCGGUGUGGAGAGGCCAGCCCCCCGACAGAGCCCUGCAGUUCCCCAGCGCCCCAGCUGGUGGCCACACCCAGCCAGGAGAGCAGCCUGGAGCUGGAGCUGGGGUUGAGCCCACCUGGGGAGGACGGCAGCGCCUUGGAGGAGAAGACGCUGGAGCUUCUCCUGGAUGCCAGCACCCCCCGGCCACGUACACCCUCGCCUACUGGAGCCCAGCAGGGCCCAGCCGAGAGCAGCGGGCGGCUGUCGCUGAGCCCGCUGCGUGGUGGGGAGGCGGGGCCGGACGCCUCACCCACAGUGACCACGCCCUCGCUGCCCGCUGAGGUGGGCUCUCCACACUCCACAGAGGUAGACGAGUCCCUGUCUGUCUCCUUCGAGCAGGUGCUGCCUCCGCCGCCUCCUGCCAGUGCAGGCGAGGCUGGGCUGAGCCUCCCACUGCGAGGCCCCCGGGUCCGGCGAUCAGCCUCCCCGCACGACGUGGACCUGUGCCUGGUGUCACCCUGCGAGUUUGAGCACCGAAAGGCUGUGCCUGUGGCGCCGGCCCCUGCCUCCCCCGGCAGCUCUGAUAGCAGUGCUCGGUCCCAGGAGCGGGCUGGAGCACCAGGGGCAGAGGAGACGCCCCCCACAUCCGUCAGCGAGUCCCUGCCCACCCUGUCUGACUCGGACCCCCUGCCUGCCGCCCCUGGGACCGCAGACUCAGACGAGGACAUGGAGGGCUUUGGGGUCCCUCGCCGUGACCCGCUGCCUGAGCCCCUCAAGUUCCCCCCGCCGCUGCCCACCCCACCCAGCAUCUGCAUGGUGGACCCCGAGAUGCUGCCCCCUGAACAGGCCCGGCCGGCAGAGGGCCUCAACCGUACCCGGAAGUCCCUGACUCGCACUAACCCCAGCACAGCCGCCUCCAAAGCCACUCCAUCCGUCACUGCCAAGACUAAGGGACCGGCUGGUGGAGACCGAGCCAGUCGGCCGCUCAGCGCCCGGAGCGAGCCCAGUGACAAGGGAGGUCGGGCACCCCUGUCCAGAAAGUCGUCAGUCCCCAAGGCGGCCACUCGGGGCCCAUCUGGGUCAGCUGGCAGCCGACCAGGUGGGUCAGCAGCCCCUCCUGGCUCCCCCGUCUACCUUGACCUGGCCUACCUGCCCAGCGGGAGCAGCUCCCGGCUGCUGGACGAGGAGUUCUUCCGGCGGGUGCGUGCGCUCUGCUACGUCAUCAGCGGCCAGGACCAGCGUAAGGAAGAGGGCAUGCGGGCUGUCCUGGACGCCCUGCUGGCCGGCAAGCAGCAGUGGGACCGUGACCUCCAGGUGACCCUGAUCCCCACCUUCGACUCGGUGGCGAUGCAUGAGUGGUACGAGGAGACACACGCACGGCACCAGGCUCUGGGCAUCACCGUGCUGGGCAGCAACAGCACCGUGUCCAUGCAGGACGAGGCCUUCCCCGCCUGCAAGGUGGAGUUCUAGCCCCGUGCCCGCCACCCAGCCCCUCAGCCCGAGGUCGACCACUGCCCGAGAGUCCCCCGCAUCAGAAAUAAACCAGGUACCCCACUC